AUGACUUGGGAAGGAGGACUGGAGCCCAACGGCACUGAGGGAAAGAACUUCUACAUCCCAAUGUCCAACAGGACGGGGCUUGCCAGGAGUCCAUUUGAAUAUCCACAGUACUACCUGGGGGAUCCAAUUCUAUUCAAAAUGCUUGCUGCCUACAUGUUCUUCCUGAUCUGCACUGGCUUCCCUAUUAACUUCCUGACACUGCUGGUCACAGCCCAGAACAAGAAGCUGCGGCAACCUCUCAACUUCAUCCUUGUCAACCUUGCUGUGGCUGGACUGAUCAUGGUCUGCUUUGGAUUUACCAUCACUUUCGUCACUGCCAUCAGUGGCUACUUUGUUUUUGGACCUUUGGGCUGUGCUGUUGAGGGAUUCAUGGCUACUCUAGGAGGUCAGGUUGCUCUCUGGUCACUGGUCGUCCUGGCUGUUGAAAGAUACAUUGUCGUCUGUAAACCAAUGGGAAGCUUCAAAUUCAGUGGAAGUCACGCAGGAGUUGGCGUUGGUUUCACCUGGAUCAUGGCUAUGUCUUGUGCUGUCCCUCCACUGGUUGGCUGGUCCAGAUACAUCCCCGAGGGUCUGCAGUGCUCAUGCGGACCUGACUACUACACUCUGGCUCCAGGCUUCAACAAUGAGUCCUACGUCAUGUACAUGUUCGUCUGCCACUUCUGCGUCCCAGUCGGCACCAUCUUCUUCACCUACGGAAGCCUUGUGCUGACCGUCAAAGCUGCAGCAGCUCAGCAGCAGGAGUCAGAGUCCACCCAGAAGGCUGAGAGGGAAGUGACACGCAUGUGCGUCCUGAUGGUCCUGGGCUUCCUGGUGGCUUGGACUCCAUACGCCAGCUUUGCUGCCUGGAUCUUCUUCAACAAGGGGGCUGCUUUCUCAGCCACAGCCAUGGCCAUCCCUGCCUUCUUCUCAAAGAGCUCAGCAUUGUUCAAUCCUAUCAUCUAUGUGCUGUUCAACAAACAGUUCCGUAACUGCAUGCUCUCCACAGUUGGAAUGGGUGGCAUGGUUGACGAUGAGACCUCAGUAUCAACCAGCAAGACAGAAGUGUCUACUGCCGCUUAA